UGUGCUCUCAAAAGGAAGAGGAUCGUGCUGGAGAAGACACAGAUCUUACUUUAUCCAAAAUGAGGCGCAUUAUGAUGAUGGAGCCAGUGAAGAAAAGAGAGGGAGAACCUCAUCUUAAGACCUCAGUGGUUGUUAAGGGAGAAGAAUACGGAAGGCUUUUCGAGAUCCUGGAAGAAGUGCAAGGACCUCUGGAAGUCAGGAUACAGUUUGUUGAGUUCUCCAUCAAGGAGGCGGCAAGAUUUAAAAGACAUCACCUAAUUCAAUGCCUUGAGAAGAAACGGAAAGAAUUCUUGUCUGAAGGCUACCACAAAUAGUGCACUGUUUGAUAUGUAAUCCUGUUGUGACUUGGGCCAUCAAGAUGCAACAAAUAGUUUGUGUUUCAGAAUGUAGUAGGAAGAUGCUGAAACCCAUCAUUUGUUAGCUAAGAUAUACCUUUACGAAAAAUGGUUUUAAACCCGUCUAGUAAAAGCAGGCUUUCGCCUUUUA